UGAUAAUGACACAAUACUUGUUAAAAAGACAAAAAAAAAAAUAAGUAAAUAAGCGUCUCGUUUACUAUCUGGGCAGCGUUUAAAUGCAUGUGCAAAUAAUCCUAGAAUAUAAUUGAACAAAUAACGCAAAUAUUUGCAUUCAUAAACCGAAGCAUCGAGUCGCCGCAACAUGGUCUAUCUCAGAGCUAGCGAAAGGACUCCGCUCCUGAUUGGCGCACAGCUGAGCUACUUAGCUGCCAGCAGAGUGGGCGCACGUCACGGCCAGGCGAUUCUGCUGUUCGUGGGCAUGAUGAUCAAUUACUUUCAGCGUGUAAACAUCUCCGCUGCGAUUGUGCCCAUGACUCAAUUGACGGCGGGUGCUCCGUAUUACGAUUGGGAUCUAGCCGAGAAGUCCCUAAUUCUGAGCAGCUUCUUUUGGGGCUACGUGCUCUCCCAGGUGCCGUCAGGCUUGUUGGCGAAACGUUUUGGCGCCAAAUAUGUGAUUAGCUUGGCCACAGCUGCGGGCGGCAUCCUGUGCUUCUUUCAUCCCCUGGCCGCCGAGGGUGGCUGGAUCAAUAUCUGUGUGCUGCGCGUGCUGACCGGCCUGGUCCAGGGCAGUGUUUAUCCAUGUGUGCACACGCUAUUGUCCAAAUGGGUGCCGCGCACCGAGCGUGGCUUUCUCACGACUGGCAUCUAUUCGGGCGCACAGUUUGGCACGGCGGUCAUUCUAGUUAGCAGCGGUGACAUAUUUGAGUCCAGCAUGGGCUGGCCGGGACUCUUUUACAUUUCCGGUGGUCUGAGCCUGGCCUGGGCGCUGCUCUUUCUGUGGCAGGGCGCCAACGAGCCGGCCACAUCACGCAACAUCAGCAAAAUCGAACGCGAGUACAUCGAAAGUCUGACGGGCAGCAAUAACAGCGGUCAGUCCUUGCCUGUGCCUUGGAUGUCCAUCUUCAGUUCGUCGGCCUUCUAUGGUCUGCUGGCCGCCCAUUGCGGCUUCACCUGGGGCUUCUACACGCUGCUCACGGAGAUGCCAACCUAUAUGAGCAAGGUACUCAAACUGAAUGUCAAGUCCAAUGCGCUGCUCUCCUCCUUGCCCUACUUUGCCAUGGGUGUGCUGUGCUUUGUGGUCAGUCCCAUUUCCGAUCUGCUUAUCAAUCGUGGCAGCAUUACGGUAACCACGGCACGUAAGCUGUUCAACUCAAUUGGCCAGUGGGUGCCCAUGGGCUGCCUAAUUGGGCUGGGCUACAUGACCGCCGACGAGAAGACCGGUGCCAUUGUCCUGCUCACCCUGGCCGUGGGCAUCAAUGCCGCCUGCUUUUGCGGAUACCUCGUCAAUCACAUGGACUUGUCGCCAAACUUUGCUGGUCCCAUGAUGGGCGUCACAAAUGGCUUGGCCGGAGUGACAUCUAUUGUGGCGCCUUUGGUAGUGGGCGCCAUUCUGACGGAUGAGGAGGAUCCUACCCAAUGGCGGAUAGUUUUCUUUAUCACCGGUGGCAUCUACCUGCUAUGCAAUGCGCUCUUCGUGCUUCUGGGCAAGGCCACGGUGCAGCCCUGGAACGACCCGCCCAGCGUGUCCAGCACAACGACCCUACGCAACAACUUACAUGUGGAUUCCAGAACCAUAGCCCCGAUAGACAGCAAAGAGGAUCGGUUUUGAGUUGUAGCCAUAGAAAGUUGUAAUUAAAUAAGUUUAAGUUAAGUUUAGCAUAAAUUCAUUUUGUGAUAGGUCGCCGACCGUUGGACUAACAGUUGAAAAGUCGCCGGUUCAAAUGCAUCGGCAUUUUUAAAUUCUGAAUUAAGCGCAAAUCUCGCAUACGAUUUUGGUACCAGUUGCAUUUUAGAUAUUAGUUCUUCCAACCCGGCAACGCCGGGUAAUUUUUUAAAAACAAUAACAAAGUGAAAGUCCUCAUAGGCUGAUUGAGUGUAAGGCCAGAAAACAACCGUAAAAUCGAUCUGAUAAGUAUUUCUAAGAGAAUAGGGGAUUCGGCAUUGGCACAAUUGAUUAUAAAAGCAGAUUACCAGCAAAUUAAGUUGAAAGCUAUUUAAAAGGAAGCCUCGGCUAGAUAACAACUUGACACAAACAAUGCAAUUGCAGAAAAACAAUGCCAUAACCUGGCAGUUCUUCAGCGGAAGGAAAAUUAACUUCUAGAUGCGCAGUAUAGACAGAUAAGUUUAAAAACAUUUUUGCAUGCGCUGCUUAACAUUUAUUUCAUAAACCUAGUGUAAAGCAUCCAAAGUUUAAUGUACUCAGAAUACACAUAUAAACGUAUACAAUGGGAAA